AAGUCCAUCAGAAGAAGAAGAAGACGACGACGCCUUGACGGCUGUGUCCGUAUGGUUUGUGUUGGCUGGUGUUGACCUACUCUCUUCCCUCUGGAGUUAUUGCAUUUAAGCACUGGCAACAUCUCAAUCAGUCGAUGGGAAAAAUCUAACAAUGUUUAGUUUUGAGGGAGAGUUCAAGACCAGACCCAAGGUAUCACUUGGAGGAGCAAGUAAAAAGGAGGAGAAGGCAUCUCUCUUGCACCGUACUCAAGAAGAAAGAAGAAAGAGAGAGGAUGAGAGAAGACGAUUGAAAAAUGCCGUUAUCAUUCAGUCCUACAUACGUCGCUAUCAGGACUUAAAACAACAGUAUGCUAUCCAGAGAGCCAAGUUUGAUGAUUGUGUCAACCAGCUACAGGCAGGAGGAUCACAUGUCUUAGAUGGUACUGGCCUGUGCCUCUUAUCCAGACAGCUCAUAUUUUUCUACAGACAGAGUGUGGAUACACGUAGAUUGAUAUGGUUGUGCCAGAAUUUGGUGAAACACAACAGUGAGUUUGUGAAGCUGUUGGUGAGCCCACAGAGACAGACAUGUAUGUUUCAGAUCAAGAGGCUCUUAGGCUUUUGCUGCAGGCUACUGCAGAGCUGCACAAAUGACAGUUUAAAUUUUGCGCUUCCUAUGCGGAUGCUAGAAACUUUUUCUUCAAAGAAAACUUAUCUUCCAGUUAUUCCAGAUGAUAAUGAUGUAGCUUCAGUGCUCGAGCAGAUUUUGCAUUACAUGAUACAGAAAGGAUACUACAGGUCACUGUAUAUUCUUGUGAAUCACAGGCUCCCUCCUACUCUGGUGUACAGUGACGCUCCCUCUGUCCCUCUGGCAACGACACUGUUGGACCACAUUCUCAAACCCCUGCACUUUACCUACUCCUCCUGCACAAGAAGCGCAAGGCAGUUUGUUUUUGCAGCUUUUACAGAGGAGUUCAUCUCGGCACCAUUCACUGGGCAGAUCUAUAACUUUUAUAUCCCGGCUUUGUCGUCGUUGUUGUUGUCGUUCCCAUUUGAGGCCUUUUUGAGCUCCCUCCAGGCCACAGUAGGCUCCUCCUCAGCUGCACAGACAGAGGCUCCUUGGCUGUUUUACUUUGUUCUCUCUGUAGGGGAGAACUGCUUAGGAUCACUGUCCGAUGAAGGUCUCCUUCUGUACUUAAGAGCACUGCAGAUGCUGCUACCACUGCUGCCUGUUUCAGAGAGCAGCAGCCAUCAUGAUGUAGACAGCGACUCUGAAGAUGAGGAUGACACUGACAUGCAUCUCCCACCCAUACAGGAUGACAGCCGAAUUUCUGUGCAGCAUAUCACAGAGGAGUGCAUCCACAAGCUGGACACCAAGCAGCAAACAAAUGCCCUUCUGAAGCUGGUAUGGAGAGAUUCAGCCAAUGAGGAGAUUUUCACCUUGAUGGCUUCCAUUUGUCAUACACUCAUGGUCCAACACCGACUCAUGGUGCCAAAAGUCAGACUUCUAUAUAGCUUAGCUUUUAAUGUACGGUUCCUGAGGCACCUCUGGCACCUAAUAACUUCCAUGACAACCAAAAUGAUCACUGGCUCUAUGGUGCUGCUGUUGCAGCUCAUCUCGAGAGGUUCUCCGUUGUCAUUGGAGGAUUCCAACCGCAUCAUCCCUCUCUUCUACCUCUUCAGCUCUCUGUUUAGUCAUUCACUCAUCUCUGUACAUGACAGCGAGUUUUUUGGUCAUGAAAUGGAAGCAGGUCAGAUGCAGUCCUCCAUGAUGCCCUUCACACUGUCAGAGCUGGUGACUCUUUCUCGCUGUCUGAGGGAUGCAUGCCUAGGAAUCAUCAAGCUGGCCUAUCCUGAGACCAAAACAGAACACCGUGAGGAAUAUAUGGCUGCGUUCCGCAGCGUUGGAGUGAAGACAGACACUGAGGUUCAGCAGCGCAUUCAGACUGAGCAAAAGUGCUGGGUGCAACUCUUCAAGGUCAUUACUAACUUGGUGAAGAUGGUGAAGGCUCGUGACAUCAGACGACCCUUUUGUCCAAAAGGUCACUGGCUGUCUGAAGAGGUCAACAUCCGAGCAGAUAAGGUCAUGCAACUCUAUGUUCCUUCUGCAAGACACUUGUGGCGAACACGAAGGAUGGGCCGCAUCGGGCCACUGCAGUCAACACUCGACGUUGGCUCAGAGUCUACCCAGCUGUCUGUGUCUGAAGAGAGGCAUCUCGCCAUCCUCACAGAGCUCCCCUUUGUGGUUCCUUUUGAGGAGCGAGUCAAGGUAUUUGAGGGGGAUUUAAAGUGUCUCAUUUUUCCACAGGCACUGUAUGAAAAUAUGCUGGUGGAAUUGCCUUUUGCCAGUUUUUUCCUGUCCAAGCUGUUGGGAACCAGUGCUGAUGUGGACAUCCACCAUCUGGCUUCAUUGGAUCCAGAGAUGUAUCGAAACCUUCUCUUCCUUAAGAGCUAUGAGGGUGAUGUGGAGGAGCUGGGUCUCAACUUCACAGUUGUCAACAACGACCUGGGGGAAGCUCAGGUAGUUGAACUGAAACUUGGAGGAAAGGACAUUCCUGUGACCACUGCAAACAGGAUAGCCUACAUCCAUUUGGUGGCUGACUACAGACUGAACAAGCAGAUCAGGCCUCACUGUUUGGCCUUCAGACAGGGUUUGGCCAACGUGGUCAACCUGGAGUGGUUGCGCAUGUUUGACCAGCAGGAGAUUCAGGUGUUGAUAUCUGGGGCUCAUGUGCCAAUUUGUCUUGAUGACCUGAAAAGGUUUACAAACUAUUCAGGUGGCUACACAGCCACUCACCCCGUAAUCCAGAUAUUCUGGGAGGUGGUCGAAGGCUUCACAGAUGAAGAAAAGCGCCAACUACUGAAGUUUGUCACCAGUUGCUCUCGACCACCACUGCUGGGCUUCAAGGAACUUUACCCAGCCUUUUGCAUCCAUAAUGGCGGCACCGACCUGGAGCGUUUGCCCACUGCCAGCACCUGCAUGAACCUCCUGAAGCUCCCAGAGUUCUGUGACCAGCACCUGAUGAGGAACAAGCUUCUGUACGCCAUCGAGUCCUCAGCUGGUUUUGAGCUGAGCUGAGGAGGACGAAGGCUUCUCCAUCUCUGCAUUCAUGGAUUCAAAGCCAAAGGAUGGCUUGAAGGAAGACUUGUGAUAUACCUGAUGUAUUGUUUGUUUCUAUGUGCCAAGCCACAGGUGAGAGAAUGGUCACCCACAGACUGAAAUAAUGGUGCAAAGAUGAAGCCUUUUUUUUUUAAUCUUCAUGUUUUUAAGUAACUCCAGUGUUUAGUAAUACAUUGACAGUAUGCUUUAUGAGAGCACAGAUAGUUGAAUUUAGCAGGAAAUAUCCAAACGUGACAUGAGCAGCUGUUGUUGCUGCUCUCUUCUGUAAUAACACCAAAGAUGAAGUGGCAUCUUGGAAGAAAAAGGCAAUAUAAUAUCAGAGGGACAGACUGCAGGACUCUAAAGCCACAUUGUGGUUUGCUAAGGGCUGUCGAAACAGGUUUGCUUAGCUUCAUUAUGUAUUUUCUAGUAGAGUUCACCAAAAUGUCUGCUGUUUGUUUUAAUAUAGUGCAACAGGUAACUGAAGUUUUCUUUGAAAUGUUGGUAGAAGAACCAAAUUUUGUAAAAAACAAAACAAAAAAACAAUACCAAAAGUCACCACCUCAUAUUACUCUUGAAAAUGCCCACAGGUCAAUCAGAUUUUCAAGAAAAAAAUAAAAGAAAAAUGUCCAUCAUUCAGGUGUGUUGAAAAGCACAGAAUCCCAACAUGUUGACCACUUUGGAUGGUGGUGUCCAGUACUAGACACUUGACUAUGAGGAAGUUCUGUACAGACCCCAGGUCCAUUGGGCCGGUGCUUGUCCCAGUGUAUGAUGGCAUGAAGCAGAUAAGAGUCUACAACUCCCAAUGACUGGGAGGAAGGUCCCUCACUUUCCCAGCUAAGACUCCUGCCCAGGGACACAGACAAGUAGUGUGACUAGGAUUCAAACCCAGGUCUACCUAUUUAUAGGCAGCAUGCUUUGCAUCAGGGAUGGAACGAUAUAUUGUGUGUCGUGAAAAUCAUAUCAUGGGGUCUGUAUUGAAUCAUAUCUUAAAAAAAAAAAAAUUCUGUGAUACCAUGAAAGUCAAUUACUGCAUGCAAGAAAUGUCUUGCAGAACAGCCAUAAAUGAUUUAUAAAUUAUACAAAUAGGAAACAUAAAAUUAAGGAUUACAAUUUAUCCAUCACAAUAAUUUAAAGUAAAACAUUGACCACAAAUUACUGUAUCUACAUUAUUAGUGUGAACAGUGAUGUAAUUAUGUAUUGUGUUGCAUAUAGAAUUGCGAUAGGUCCAUUGUGAUAAAUAUCAUGUCUUGGAGCUGGAGUAUUGUUCCCACCCCUGCUUGGCAUGCUGAAGUAAUUAUGCUCUGGUUGAGGAAUGGCUGGUGGAAUUUUAAGUUCAGAUUCCACAUGGUUAAAAAGGUAUGAUUUGAUGCUACGGUCAUCAAUGUUGGGCAGGUCCGUGCAUAUCUAUCUCCAGAAGUACAACUUUCAUAACGUGCGCAGCAGCCAUCUUGAAAAUUUGAGUCGUUUAUGAGCGUUUUCGAAAGAGUAAUGUCUGGGCAGUAUUUUUGCAAGAAUUGGGUGCUCGUACCACUAUUUGAAAGAUUCCCCUGAAGUCUUCUGUUACCUGCUUCACUAAUGGCUGUCAUGUUCAGUAUUUAGAGGUACACGCCUUCUUAUUCAUUCCCUGUGUGAAAUUGUCCCCAAAGUUCAGUCAUUGUCUUUGUCUGGAAGCAGCGUGCUGUGACUGAAAACCUGGAUUUGUGUGCACUGUUUUGGACUUGGAAUGAUUAUGGUGUGUCACUUCAAUUAUGCACAUGCCAUGUGUGGAUAUGUCAGAGGGAUUAUUUUGCAGGACUGGAUUGGGGGGUUGAAGUGUUAUGAUUGUGCAUUUGUGAAUAUGUAUAUGUUUGCAGUUAUGCUUGUAUUCAGUAUUUGUAAAGGUUUUUCCUUCUGCGUGAUGAGUGGAGGGCUGUUCUUUCCCCACAUUCUUGCUAAGAUGAACAAUCUCUCCCCUGAUCAAAGUUCUCAGCUUUGGUUUUUGAGGAGCGGCGACUGUCACGGCGAUCAGGAUUACCAACAGGGUGAAAAUAAGAGAAUGGAAACGAAUAAACCUUCUUUUGCAUUUUC